GAGUUGGGUAUAACAUCUGAUGAGGCAUUAAGCUUAUGGGAAUUACCUAAGCAAGCCAUUGUGCUCAGACUGGGGGGGGUGGGGGACGGCGUGGUUCCUAAUCUGUCUGCUGUAUUCUCUUAGUCUGCUGAGCAUGUUCAUUAUUCAUUUGAUAACUAUUAUUGACGUACAUUGCUGUGGAGUUUGCUUCAAUAUGGAAAGGAAUAGGUGCUACUGUCAAUCUCCUUUUCAGGAAGGAACUUCCAUU